ACGAAAAUUCUUGUUUUAACAGAUUUUGUUCUUUUUUCGUUAAAGUUAACGCAUUCCUUUAAAUCCGUUCAUUAACUGUGAAAAAAAUAGGAAUAAUAAAAGGAACAAAGAUCACUUUCUUCUGCCCUCCCUUACCCAUCCCAAAAAAUUCAGUUAAACUUUUUCCAGCUUUUCAGAUCUAUGUGCUCGUUUCGUUUUGUCCAAAUGGGAAUUUCGAUGAUUCGUCCCUCUGAUGAGGAUCUCGUUUUCUCCUUUCGAAUGGGCCAGCCUCGGUGUCGAAACUGUGAUAACGUAGACAACCUACGGCCUAAUAAUCGUCGUGAGGUGAAGGCUCAAGCGAGGAAGGAUAGUAGCGGCCACGAAGGGAAAUGAGAGUCACCGAUGACGUUGCAGUCCGUAGAAGGUGGAGACGUCGGAGAUUUGGAUCCCUACGGUGGUUUGUUUGAUGACGAGCAGACAAAAAUUAUGGAAAUUAAGGAGCACCUCGAAGAUCCUGACCAGUCUGAUGAUUUUUUGGUUGAGUUGCUUCCAAGUCUAGUAGACAUGGAUAUAACAUUUCAAGAACUCAAGAUUGAUAUAGGAAGGCAUGUGAAUCAAUUGCAAAAGCAUUCAUCAAGUGAUGUUCGGAGAUUAGUGAAGCUAUUAGUCAGGAAGUGGAAGGAUAAUGUGGAUGAGAAACAAUGAGGGACAAGGCAGUGAGU